AUGCUCGCCUCACUGUUCUGGGCGACUCUGCUGAUUGCCCCUUCAUGGGCGCAAAGCCAGUUUGUAAAGGGCCAAAAGUGGCAGAUCAUCCUCACGGGCGUGCCAGAUGUAUCGAAAUCACCUCUUCCGCCUACCGAUGCACCAGUAUGGGAUAUUGAUCUUUUCGACAGCGACACGGCGACUAUCACAGCACUGAAAGCAACAGGAAAGAUUGUGAUAUGUUAUUUCAGCGCUGGAACAGUGGAAGACUGGCGCGCAGAUGCAAAAGAUUUCCCAGCUGGAGAUGUUGGAAAGGUGCUGCCGGAGUGGCCGAACGAGAAGUGGAUACGGACAGGAAGCACCAAAAUCAGGGACAUCAUGGCGAAGCGCAUCAAGCUAGCUGGAGACAAAGGGUGCGAUGCUAUAGAUCCGGACAACAUAGCCAUGCUCAUGGUGAAGCACGUCCCCUACGAAAAGUUAGCUAACAAACUCCUCCAGCAAAAUGACAACGGGCUCUCCCUCAAAUCCCAAGACGCAAUCGACUACGUAAAAUGGAUGGCCACCGAAGCCCAAAAAUUCAACAUGGAGAUCGGCCUGAAAAACUCCCUCGACAUCGUCGACGCCCUCACCCCAACCGUCGACUUCGCCGUAAACGAACAAUGCGCCCAGCUCGGCGAAUGUGACCGCUACACCACCUUCCUCGCAGCCAACAAGCCCGUCUUCCACAUUGAAUAUCCCACCCCGCUCAACACCGCGGCUGCGAAAGGUGUCGAUUGCACAGGCCCCGGCACCUCGGGCAUGAGCACCAUCCUCAAGAACAUGGCGCUCGAUGGCCCCGCAGUGUACUGCGAUGGCAGCCAGGACUGCUACGACGCGCUCGAGUACCACGAGACCGUCUACUACGCCACGCCCGACGAUGUCUCCAACACCUACGAGGACGACUGCGACGCCGGCGCCGACGAGCUCGGCGGGACCAGGGAACGGGUGCAAGUCGAAACACUGGGAUCAGUGCGGUGGGAAUGA